GUGGAAGCCAUCGUCAUCCACAACAAUGUCGCUCAAAGUUCCAAAGGCGGGUAUGCCCCUCUUCAAGGAGGGGUACAAGUACCUGCAGGGCGUCGAGGAGGCAGUGAUGCGCAACAUCCAGGCCGUCAAUGAGCUCUCGGACAUGGUACGGACCAGCUUUGGGCCAAAUGGACGUAACAAGAUGAUCGUCAACCACCUCGAGCGUCUCUUUGUCACCUCUGACGCCGCGACGAUCAUCAGAGAAAGCGAGAUCGUUCAUCCUGCGGCAAAAUUGCUCGUCAUGGCCAGCCAGCAGCAGGAGGCAGAGAUGGGCGAUGGCACCAACCUCGUACUCAUCUUUGCCGGCGAGCUUCUGAAGAAGGCGGAGAUCCUAAUCACGAUGGGCCUUCACCCUUCUGAGAUUAUCCAGGGCUACGAGAUUGCCAGCCAAAAGGCACUUGAGGAGCUUGAGACCCUCUCUGUCGCGACGCUCAGCAGCCCACCGACCCCCGAGUCACUGGCGCUUGCACUGCGACCGGCGCUCGCUUCGAAGCAGUACGGACAGGAAGAUAUCCUGGCGCCCCUUGUUGCACAGGCCGUCUCGCUCGUGCUUCCCAACUCAUCAUCUUCGACCUCAACAGCAACAUCGACAACGACGACUAAAGCUCUUCGCGAGUUCAACGUCGACAACGUGCGCGUCGUCAAGAUUAUGGGCGGAUCGCUGCAAGACUCAAGGGUGGUGCGCGGUAUGAUCUUCAAUCGCGAGCCCGAAGGUGUGGUCAAGAAGAUCACCGACGGAGCCAAGGUUGCUGUCUUUACGUGCGGCCUUGACAUCAGCCAGACAGAGACAAAGGGAACAGUGCUGCUCCACAACGCUAAGGAGCUGAGCACGUUCAGCGGGGGCGAAGAGAAGCAGCUAGAGAAGAUUGUCAAGGAGAUUGCCGACUCGGGUGUUAAGGCCAUUGUGACGCAGAGCAGCGUGGGCGAGCUGGCGAUGCACUACUGCAACCGCUUCAACAUUCUCGUCGUCAAGAUCCUUUCCAAAUUCGAGGUCCGAAGACUCUGUCGGCUUCUGGGCGCCACGCCUCUGGCGAGAAUGGGUGCUCCCACGCCAGAAGAGGCUGGAUGGGCCGAUGUCAUCGAGACUACCGAGGUUGGAGGAGACCGAGUGACGGUCAUCAGACAAGAGGACGGCAAGCCGGGCGGCAAAGCGAGACCCAAGAUGGCCACCGUUGUGCUCCGCGGCGCCACGUCAAACCUUCUUGACGACGUCGAACGAGCCAUCGAUGACGGCGUCAACGUUGUCAAGGCUCUGACCCGUGACGAUCGCCUUGUGCCGGGCGCAGGCGCCACCGAGGUUGAGCUGUCUCGACGGAUCUUUGAUCUAGGUGAAAAGACAAGUGGGCUGAACCAGCACGCCAUCAAGAAGUUUGCCGAGGCGCUCGAAGUGGUGCCUCGCACGCUAGCGGACAAUGCAGGCUUGGACGCCACCGAGGUCGUUGGCACGCUCAUGGCCAAACACGUGGGCGGUCAAGGUGCAGACGUCGGCGUCGAUAUCGAGGGCGAGUCGCAAGAUGGUACUGUCUCGACAAUGGAUGGGCAGAUUCUCGACGUCUUGUCAGCAAAGGUCUGGGCCCUGCGUUAUGCAACGGGUGCGGCCGUCAGUGUCCUGAACAUUGAUUCGAUCAUCAUGAGCAAGCCUGCUGGUAUCAAGGCACCCCAGCAGAACCCAAACUGGGAUGACGACUAGUGGCGGAUGCUAAAGUGCUCCCGACGCCAUGUCUCACCUCUGAAGCAAAAAUUGAUUUCUUGUACACCGUG